AAGGAUUUUGAAGAUGAGGCCAAGAUAGAGAACUUCUAUCUCCCCGUCGUUCAUGACUGUCUGAAGAAGACAUUGGGAGCAGAGGAGGCCUGCAUUUUUGACUACAUGGUAAGGCGCCGCGAACCUGCGUUUCCGUACCAGCCGAAGUCCAGGGACAAUGCAACUCAGCCGGCGCUAUCGGCUUAUAUCGACUACACGACCGACGAAAUAUCGGGGCGAGUUUCCAAGUAUUUCAAAGACAAGGCCGCAGUCUAUGCAUCGCGGCACUACCAGAUCGUCAAUGUGUGGAAACCUCUCUGCGGGCCGCUGCGGGACUACCCGAUGGCAUACUGCGAUGCCAAGACGAUGGACCCCAGCAUGGACCUCCUGACGGUUGACGAGGUCUUCCCGACGGUGGCCAAUGAGGUCUACCAGGUGCUCUACAAUCCCAAGCACGAAUGGUACUAUAUGCCAGACCAGGGGUCGGACGAGGUGGCCAUUUUCGCGGGCUACGAUUCCGAGAGAGGCCAGGCGGUAGCGGUGCCUCACUGUUCGUUUGACCUGGGGGACGCAAGCUCGGGUGAGCAACGGGAGAGCAUCGAGGUCAGGGCAUCUGUGUUCUACGGGGAU